UUUUUUCCUCUCUUUGUUUCCCGGAAGUAGUUUUCUUUUUUUGUUUGUUGUUAUACUCUACUACUUAUUAGGAGAAUAAAGCGGAACGUUUAGAUCAGGCGUUUAUUUACAGAACAUAUCAUUAAAGGAGGUAACAGGGACAGUAGAUCACUCACAGCCUCAUCUUCUGGAUGCUCCAAGGGAUUAAUGGAAAAGAAACAGCCACCUGGCCACAAGCAUUAUAAUAAGCACCAGAUUUGGUCAUACACCAGAUUGGUCUGUAUGGCACUCUGUUUGCUUUGUAAAAGCUUACCUGGGUGUUAAGAAAUAAACAAAAGCAGCUAUCCUCAUCGAUUUGGACGUAACCACAACUCACUUCAAGAAAAGGUGAAUUAGGCAGCUUGAAAAAACACUUAGGCCUAAGACAUUUCAGUUCAGGAAAGACCCUAAACUCACGGCAGGACUGACAGAAGGUCACAAUGGCGACUGGUGCAGAUGUGCGAGACAUACUGGAGUUAGCUGGAGGAGACAGUGAUGCAGGUCCAAUUAAUAAAAAGGACAUCAUUAACUCAGACAAGAAAAAGGCCAAGAAAUCGACAGAAACACUGACAUUCAAGAGGCCUGAAGGAAUGCACAGAGAAGUCUAUGCUCUCCUCUAUUCAGAUAAAAAAGAUGCCCCCCCACUGCUGCCCAGUGACACAACCCAAGGUUAUCGAACGGUCAAGGCCAAACUGGGUUGCAAGAGGGUUCGCCCCUGGAAGUGGAUGCCUUUCACCAACCCCGCCCGGAGGGAUGGAGCCAUAUUCCACCACUGGAGGCGUCUGGCUGAGGAGGGAAAGGACUAUCCCUUUGCCCGAUUUAACAAGUUGGUGCAGGUUCCGGUGUACUCCGAGCAGGAGUAUCAGAUGUAUCUUCACGAUGAUGGAUGGACCAAAGCUGAGACAGAUCAUCUCUUUGACCUCUGCAAGCGCUUUGACCUUCGCUUCAUCGUCAUCCAUGACCGUUAUGACCAUCAGCAGUUCAGGAAACGUUCUGUGGAAGACCUAAAGGAACGCUACUACACCAUCUGUGCUAAACUUGCCAAGAUCCGUGCGGCAACAGGGAGUGAGCCAAAGAUAUACGUAUUUGAUGCUGGACAUGAAAGACGUAGGAAAGAACAGCUGGAGAGGCUGUUCAGCCGCACCCCAGAACAAGUGGCAGAAGAAGAGUACCUUAUCCAGGAGCUACGCAAAAUAGAGAUUCGGAAGAAGGAGCGAGAGAAGAAGGCGCAGGACUUGCAGAAGCUGAUCACGGCCGCCGACACGACCACAGAGAUGCGGCGAGCCGAACGCAAAGCCACGAAGAAGAAGCUUCCCCAGAAACGAGAAACCGAAAAACCGGCAGUUCCUGAGACGGCAGGCAUCAAGUUCCCCGACUUCAAAUCUGCUGGAGUCACGUUACGCAGCCAAAGGAUGAAACUCCCCAGCUCUGUUGGACAAAAGAAGAUCAAAGCCAUUGAACAGGUCCUGACGGAACAGGGCGUAGAUCUGAGUCCAAUGCCCACGGAGGAGAUCGUGCAGAUGUUCAAUGAGCUUCGCAGCGACCUGGUCCUGGUGUACGAACUCAAGCAAGCGCACGCGAACUGCGAAUACGACCAGCAGAUGCUACGCCAUCGGUACGAAGCCUUGCUUAAAACGGGCGGGGCCAGCGCCUCCCCCGGGGAUGGCCUCGGGGCCGAAGGACAGGCCGCACCCGGGACCGAAGACGUCAAGUUGGAGUCUAAAGAGCACAUCAUUGAUGUGGUGGGCGCACCGCUCACCCCUAACUCGCGCAAACGUAGGGAGUCGGCCUCCAGUUCUUCGUCCAUCAAGAAAGCAAAGAAACUGUGACGCAAAUGAAGAAUUGCUGCCUAAGAUCAGGAGAGGGGGCAGGAGUGAGUGGUGGGAAAAGCAUGUUGGGACCCACUAGGAAUCCGCCCACAAGUGCAGAGGGUUCACCUGUCCAACAUUCCUCUCACCAUCGCCAUUUGCCCUGUAGAUAUCACAUGGUGUACAGGCCACUGGCUCUCUCUUUUGCUCUUCCUUACUGGACAAAUCCACCGUAACACAGACUUUGACUAACUUUCUGGUCCAUUGUAUUUCCCCCAUUUCUUCCUUUGCCUGCAGUGGGGCUGCAUGAGGUGUAAAUUACCAUGGAGAACUAAUUGGGCACUGGCAGAAGGGCCGGUUUACCUGUUCAAACGUAUCGGGUCUGUUUAAUUAAAAUUAAACAGUGGCUGUGCAGAGGGGAACAGCCAUCUUGGUAAUUCUGCUUCUCCCAGUACAGUAACACAGUAAAGCUUCACUGAAGGAUGUGCCACCUUCUCGUGUGGACAAAGAGGUUGGCAGUUUUCUCUUCCCAAUUGAGAAUACCAAGUGAACUAUGUAGCUGACAAAAGCACAGCCAGUGACUCCCAGUUAGACGAGAGUAAUCCGAAGACUGUGCAGCUGUCUUGCGUCAGUCACUGUUUGCGUAAUAAAAGUAAUUUUGCUUUUU